GUUGCUUUUGCCGAGUGAAGUGGUCGUUUAGUCGAGCACGAAAUGUAAUCUCGGCGUAGGUAAAAAGGCAAAGCGAUGAUUGGUCAAGGGGCAAGUUUAACGCACAACAGUGUCAAAUUAGCUGGAGAAGAGGCAAAAGAUAAGAUGUACGAACCAAAACAAAAUAAAAAACUUGUUCGCGUCCUCACCGUCAUCGUGUAUGUAUUUUCCGUCUCACUUGCGGCUAUAAUUUUGUCCUUAUACUACGUCUUCUUCUGGACUCCUCAAAAACCACAAGGGCAGCAUUCUCUGCCACCCACUGGAUGUAUAGAUGACGUUUCUAGAGAAACACCGAAAGUAUUACCACAAAGAGAAGAUACAACACCAUCGUUUUUUUCAACAGUGGAUAUACAAGGUCCUCCUACAUUACAAGCAUUUACAUAAACUUGUAUUUUUUGCACACAAAAUAAUUUAUUAUAAUUUUUUUUAAUGAUUCAGAGAUUAAAAUGUCAGUUACU